UCUCUCUCUUUCUCUCUCUGGUGCUUUUAAGAGGAAACUUUGUGUUUUGUUCUCCAAGUUCACUUUAGUUCUCGCUCGUCUCUCGUGCUGCCUCCGUGACGCGUGCGAUGCGCGCCGGGACUCGUGCAUCAGUGCAGCUCCAGAUCGGUUUACAGCUGAGUCUCGGAUCGUAAUGUUUCCCAAAGUUUUCUGCACCGGACUGAACUACAUGGAAUAAUGUGGCGGAUCAUUUUGCUGUGUUGCGCUCUGGAGGGGUGCGCUGCGCUCCGUCCACCUGCGAACGCGUCUCUCCUCGCACCUGUCCGAGGCGUCGUGCGCACCGUGGACCGGAUUUAUCACGGAGGAGGGAAGGCGGGUUAUCUUCUCUACAUGGACGAGCAGCGCUUUCAGCUGGAUAUGGAGCGGGAUGAGUCUGUACUGUCUCAGCACCUCGGGUUGAACGCAGACGCAGAGCGUUUGCAGCCGCGUCGGGAAUGCGUUUACCGCGGCACCGUCAACUCAAACGCGGAGUCGCUCGCGCUUUUCAAUCUGUGCGGCGGAGGACUCGACGGGUUUUUCGCAGUGGAUGACGCGCGGUACACCGUCACCCGAGCCGACGCGACGCGCGCUCUCUACUAUUACACGCGCGAGAGCUUCGGUUUCGAAGCGAUGCCCGCGCGGCACAGCUGUGGCACGCGCGACCGCAAAGCGCGGAACGCGCGUAGGCAGUUCGCGAAGCGCGACGCGCUGACGCGACGCAAGCGCUCCGUGUCCCGCGCGCGGCACGUGGAGCUGCUGCUGGUCGCUGACGCGUCCAUGACGAAGAAGUACGGGAAGGACCUGCACCAUUACCUGUUGACGCUCGCGUCCAUCGCGUCCAAACUCUACGGCCACGCCAGCAUCGAGAACCCCAUCCGCCUGUCCGUGGUUAAAGUGGCGAUCCUGUCCGAGCACGAGAAGGGCAUCGACGUGUCCAAGAACGCGGCCGCGACGCUCAAGAGCUUCUGUAAAUGGCAGAAUCAGCAGAACCCUCUGGAUGACGACCACCAGCAUCACCACGACGCGGCGAUCCUCUUCACCAGGCAGGAUCUGUGCGGUCACCACUCGUGUGAUACUCUCGGGAUGGCUGAUGUGGGGACUGUGUGUUCACCGGAGCGGAGCUGUGCAAUCAUCGAGGACGACGGGCUACACGCCGCAUUCACCGUGGCACACGAGAUCGGGCACCUGCUGGGUCUGUCCCAUGACGACUCUAAGUUCUGUGAGGAGCGUUUCGGCUCCAGUGAAGAUAAGCGGCUGAUGUCGUCCAUCCUGACGUCCAUCGACGCGUCCAAACCCUGGAGCCGCUGCACCUCCGCCACCAUCACGGACUUCUUCGACGACGGAAACGCCGAGUGUCUGCUGGACGCUCCUCGUCUCCCUCUCUUGGGUCCGGAGGAGCUGCCGGGUCAGAGAUACGAUGCGGUGCAGCAGUGCCGUCUGGCCUUCGGUCCGGAGUACACCGUGUGUCCCGGGAUGGACGUGUGCGCGCGUCUGUGGUGCGCCGUCAUCAGGAAGGGACAGAUGGUGUGUCUGACCAAGAAGCUUCCGGCCGUGGAGGGAACGCCGUGUGGGAAGGGCCGGAUCUGUCUGCAGGGCAAAUGUGUGGACAAAACCCGAAAGAGACACUACUCGACGUCGAAUCACGGCAGCUGGAGCUCCUGGGGUCCGUGGGGUUCGUGUUCUCGGACGUGUGGCGGUGGUGUCCAGUUUGCACACCGUCUCUGUAACAACCCUCCUCCCCGAAACAACGGCCGCUACUGCACCGGGAAGAGAGCCGUGUACCGCUCCUGCAGCGUCACGCCGUGCCCUUCAGCCGGGAAGAGUUUCCGUCAGGAGCAGUGUGAGCUGCGUAACGGCCCUCAGACGGACCCUAAAGGAGUCAAGACCUUCGUGGAAUGGGUGCCGAAGUUCGCCGGCGUGCUUCCCAAAGACAUGUGCAAACUCACCUGCAGGGCCAAAGGGACGGGAUACUACGUGGUGUUCUCACAGCGGGUGGUUGAUGGGACGGAGUGCCGGCCGUUCAGCAGUUCGGUGUGUGUGAAGGGGAAGUGUGUUCGCACCGGCUGCGACGGGAUCAUCGGCUCUAAACUUCAAUACGACAAGUGCGGCAUCUGCGGCGGCGACGGAGACAGCUGCAUCAGAGUGGCUGGAAACUUCACCAAGAAGAGUAAGGGCUACACAGAUGUGGUGAAGGUUCCCGAGGGUUCGACGCACCUGAAGGUCAGACAGUACAAAGCCAAAGGCCAGUCGCGCUUCACAGCGUAUCUAGCUCUGCGGCGGCCCGGAGGAGAAUACCUGCUCAACGGGAAGUUCAUGAUCUCCACGUCUGAGAACAUCAUCCCCCUCAACGGCUCCGUUCUCAACUACACCGGCUGGAGUCAGCGGGACGAUGCCUUCCACAGCAUGGGCCCCGGGGCCCUUCAGGAAAGCCUGGUGGUGCAGAUUCUGGCCACGGAUGCUAAGAAACCACUGGACAUCCGCUACAGCUUCUUCAUGCCGCGCAAAAUGCCGCUUCCACCGCGAACGGUUGUAGCGACCUCGGGAACCGUCGCGGCACUGUCCUCGGCAGAGAUUGUGACGUCUACAACCGAGGUUCCUGCGACGACGACGACGGCACCCACGGGGCCACGCUGGGUGACGGGUUCGUGGAUGACGUGCUCCAGAACUUGUGAUACGGGUUGGCAGAGUCGCACGGUGCAAUGCAAGGACCCUCAGGGGAAGCUGUCCAAGAGCUGCCUGCUCAGCGCCCGGCCGUCGACCUUCAAACACUGCCUGAUUAAAAAAUGUUGAGGACCCCUCAAUCAGUCGAACUUCCUGACGGAGCUUCGUGAAGCACGUAGACUGAACCGUUGCAGUUGCGUUCCGAUCACUGUGGGAUUCUGCUAGCGUUCACAGUCGUGAUGCGUUGUGACUCUGGAGCUUUGGCUCUAGCCUUGAAUGUGGUCAUGUUCAGCCACGCCCCUUUGGACAAGCCACGCCCCUUCAUUCAAAUGACACGCCCCUUGAGUUCACACUGGCAGUGAUUUAAAGCAUUUCUGUAGUGUUUGAGGCUCUGGCUUCGAAUGAGUCAAUGUUCAGCCACGCCCCUUUUGACAAAGCCACGCCCUAAAUCCAAACAACAUGCUUCUUGAGUUCAAAAAGUUUCGAAAACAUUUAGAAAACCGAACGUU